CGAAUGACUAGAAUCAGGCAGAAAAACACUCUCUACCCUCAGGAAAGUUAGCAUUUGCAGAUAUUUAUUUCUUGAAAAAAUGCGUAUUUUCUCCCUCGCGAUUUUCGCCACUGCUGUGGCAGUGGCCGCGGCCGCCGGCCCUGUACAAGUUGGGAAGCGCCAGCUCUCUGAAUGUGUCCUUAAAUGCAUGGAUGACCUUGGCAUUUAUGACGGCCAUGCCAUCUCUCUAUGCCGGCAAACGUGUGGCGAGCGUCCAUAGACAAUCUAAGCCAUCGCCAUCCUAGCAUUGUCGUAAGAGAUAAGCGGUGGUUUCUGAUUCCAACUCUAUGGGCCCCAUUUUAGUCACAGGCGAACGCACGUUGGUUGUUGCGUGGUGUUUCUAGGAGAGCUGGGUCUGCUGGAAGUAGCAAGAGCGUCAGGCGGAAAUGAAGGACUCAAAUAAAUACAACACAAUGCCUGAGAUCUACGAGGCAUACUCAAACUGUAGGCUAAAUCAAAGGUAUAUUUCCACGAUUGACUCUUACCUAGAUAGGGGUCAUUUUUAUGGAUCCGUAUACAUGUCUCUUACAAAUUAUAAAUCAUGAUGAACCGAG